AUGAUAAGCCCAGGAGGCACCCGUAUCGCAAUUGAUAAAAGCAAUGCGCUCAGCCGCAGGUGGACCAAAGAGGAAGAUAGUUUAUUCAAUUGUUCGUUUGAGCAAACAAGCACAACCGUCCCGGAAAACAAAUAUUUUAAAAUACGACCUAAGGUUAAGAGACGUAAAUGGACAAAUCAAGAAGACGAAUUGCUUCGUCUUUGUUAUGCUCUUCAUAGGGAAGAAUGGUUGGUUAUUGCAGAACAUAUGCAAGAAAGAAGCCCAAGAUCCUGUCGCGAAAGAUGGAAAAUCAUAAAUGCCAAUUGGAAUCAAAAGGAAAUCAAAAAGUUGGAAGAGAAUAUCGAAAAAUAUGGAGAGGAUUGGAAACAAGUUGUCAAAGGUCUACCUG